UCAAUCCUGGUGUCGUAAGCAAUGACUGGUUCACCCCUCGCACACUCUUCUCUAAAUAAAGAAAAGCUGUUUUUUUGUUUUUUUUUUUCUUGAAGUAGCCCUUUUAUAUAAUAAUAGACUAGAAUUAUGGCCUUGAGUUCUCCUCCUCUGCCUCUCCAUGCAUUUGAAUUUUGAGCCUCUUGGGUCCCCUCCUGCACCAUUUCUUCUCCAUUUUGGGGCUUGAUUUUCCCGGAAAAUUUCCGGCCAUCCAUAGCCUCUUGGUGGGGUACAUUGGUGCUGCCUUUUUAUCUUUUUUUUUCCUUUGAACAUGGGUGCCUGCUGUAGUACACAAGUCAAGUACAAAGGUAGACGCCAUGACGAAGACGAUUUGGACGAGAAAGAAGAGGAGGGCCAACAGGAGGAUCUUACGACUAUUGGGCAUGGUGGGGCCAUUGUGAGAUUGCAAGGAUCCUCUUCCUACACAUCAAUGUACACCCGCAAAGGGAAAAAAGGGAUCAAUCAGGACGCCAUGACCGUCUGGGAGAACUUUAUGGGUAAGAAGAAUGUGUUCUUCUGUGGUGUAUUUGAUGGUCAUGGCCCAUCAGGUCACCAGGUUGCACGUUAUGUGUGUGAUACCUUGCCAUUCAAGCUUUCUUCAGUCAUCUCAAUGUCACAACCUAAUGGCUGCAAAGGUGUUGCUGCUGGAAAAAGUUCUGGUAAAGAUGAUAGCAGUGGUAUUAACAAAGAGAGUGACCAGGAAGAGAGCAGUCAUAAAGAGAUCUUUUCUUCUUGGGAGGCAAGUUUAAUUAAAGCUUUCGAAGAGUCGGAUGAAGAUCUUUGUUUGGAAGAGUCUCUUGAUAGUUACUGCAGUGGUACGACAGCUGUAACUAUUAUUAAGCAGGAUGAACACUUGAUAAUUUCAAACUUGGGGGAUUCUCGUGCGAUUCUUUGCACCAGAGACAACGAAAACCAACUCGUUCCUAUCCAACUCACAGUUGACUUGAAACCUAGUAUACCAAGUGAAGCUGAAAGAAUCCUUAGGUGCGGUGGCAGGGUCUUCGCAAUGGAUGAAGAACCAAAUGUACCAAGAGUAUGGAUGCCCAAACAAAAUUGCCCUGGUUUAGCCAUGGCAAGGGCUUUCGGGGAUUUCUGCCUGAAGCAUCAUGGUCUUAGCUCAAUUCCUGAAGUUUCUUAUAGAAGGCUUACAAGCAAAGAUGAAUUUGUAGUGUUGGCAACUGAUGGGGUAUGGGAUGUGCUAACAAACAAUGAGGUCAUACGAAUAGUUGCUUCAGUAAAAAAACAAUCCAUGGCAGCUAAAAUUUUGGUUUAUUAUGCUGUUCAAGCAUGGAGAACUAAGUAUCCAGGUUCCAAGAUAGAUGAUUGUGCAGUCGUAUGCUUGUUCCUGAAGAAGCGACCAUCAUUAUCAAGAUCCUUGUCUGACAUGAGCAAACACAGAGGAAGUCAUCUAGACAUUGCAGAUUCUAACAUUUCGAAAGGCAAGAAAACUGAAGAAGGAGAAACUGUUAUAAAUUGCGAUAUUACCGUGGACCCAAAGGCCCUUGAUGAAUUAAAUAGAGUAAAUGCUUAUAUGAAGCCUUCUCGGCUAGGCAGUUUGAGUAGGAGGAAAACAUCCAAGGAUUUUGGAGGAACCGAAGCUAAAUGAGUUUCAAAACUUGAGAAUGGGGUUUUGCUGGUAUUGGCGGCAUUGCGAAUUUUAUAAAAUUAUUCAAUGUGUUUGAAGUUAAUAUUAUGGAGGGCUUCGACUUCCAUUUAUAAUAGUCUGAAUUUGAUGAAAAAUUGAACGGAAACUCUUAUCACUUUAGUCUGAUGAUCUUGUACACGAUAUGAGUGGAUUUUGGAGGUUUCCUAUACCCAAUUGUGC